AUGGCUGAUUCUGCAUCUGUAGCUUUCAUUAUGUCUGAGCCCAUAGUCCCUCUUAACAUCAUCAAGGGUGCCGGCCACGAGUUCAUCCCCCUGCCUGAGGGUGAGAAUGCAACGGUUGCCGAUUUCCACUCAAUCCGGACGAAAACCACCUCCUCCCCUGCUCAUUUCACUUCCGGCUUUUACAAGAUCGUCGCUGGGCCCUCUCGUCCCGCGCACUACACUUUCGAGGAAACCAAGUAUGUCCUCAGUGGUCAGAUAGAUAUCUUGGACGAGGCCACUGGCAUCACGCAUCACCUCGUUCCCGGAGACUUCGCCUUCUUCCAUGUGGGUUCGAAGGUCAAAUUCUCAACCAAAUCCGAAGGUCUCGCCUUUUACGCAGUAACGCGGCCCGUCAGGGUUCCUCACCCCAACUUGCAGGGCCGAGAGGAGGACGUGAGGGCAAAGCUUUAA